CACACACACACGCACACAGCACGCAGAGCAUGCCUCCGUUCGACAAAACCCCGGUGCAGAACAAGCCGUUCAAACAGAGGAAGAGCUUCGCUACGAGGAAACAAGAGGUGGCGGGCAUCAGGUCGAAAUUCCCCAAUAAAAUUCCGGUCAUCAUUGAACGCUACGAGAGGGAGAAGUAUCUCCCUCCGCUGGACAAGACCAAGUUCCUGGUGCCGCACGAGCUCACCAUGACCCAGUUCGUCACCAUCAUCAGGAACCGGAUGGCGCUGCUGCCCUCUCAGGCCUUCUACCUGCUCAUCAACAACAGCGGGCUGGCCAGCAUGUCGCUCACCAUGGCCCAGGUGUACAAGGACCACCAGGACGAGGACGGCUUCCUCUACAUGACCUACGCCUCGCAGGAGAUGUUCGGGCGCCUUUAGACUUCACCGGGGGGCAGAAGAUCGGCUGUAAAUAUAGAAAAAAUAUGUGUAUAUAUUGUUGUACAUGUUGUGGUAAGAUGGCUUUUUAAUUGAAGUAUGUGGAUCCAAUAAAUCUUAUGUGUUAUGAA